CUUGGAGGAGGAAAAGAGGAGGGAGUCUUGCUCCGAACAGAAGGAGGAGGAGGAGGAGAGCCUUGCUCGGAGGAGGAGGAGGGAAAGAGCCUUACUUGGAGGAGGAAGAGCAGAGCCUUGCUCUGGGGAGAGAGUGUGGGGCCGAGGAAGGCCAGGAGGCGCUGGGGGCUGCCUGGGAGCCCUCGAGUGCCGAGGAGGAGUUACUCCAACUCCGGUCGCCUUCCUUUCCCCGCCAGAGGAGCCAGUGAGGAGGAGGGCUGCUGCUCCUUCCUAUUGGGGGGUCGGACCCCCAGCCCCUCGCCCAGCCAUCCAGCGCAGGGCCUUGGCGUCGGGGCCCCAGGAUGAUGAUGGUGGCGUUGGCGAGGCUCCCUUCUUGGCUGCGCCCCUUCUGCUGCGCCCCUUUGCUGCUCCAUCCCGGCCUCGGAGCGCGGCGGUGAGGGAAAGAUGAGCGAAGAGGCGGCGGAUGGCAACCACGAUAAUAGUUAUGCCCGUGUGCGAGCUGUGGUGAUGACCCGUGAUGACUCAAGUGGUGGAUGGUUACCACUUGGAGGGGGCGGAAUAAGCUGUGUCACCGUUUUCAAAGUCAUUCACCAGGAGGAAAAUGGCUGUGCUGAUUUUCUUGUACAUGGGGAGCGUCUCAGGGAUAAAACGGUGGUUUUGGAGUGUACGUUAAAGAAAGACCUUAUUUACAAUAAAGUUACACCAACUUUCCACCACUGGAAGAUUGAUGACAAAAAAUUUGGCCUCACAUUUCAAAGUCCUGCUGAUGCAAGAGCAUUUGACAGAGGCAUUCGUAGGGCAGUAGAAGAUAUCUCUCAAGGUUGUCCACCAUCACAUGAUGAAACUGAAGUGCCUGCAGAAGGCUUUCCAGCAAUUCCAGAAAAUGCAUCAAGUUUGUUAAUGAAAGAUCAUCUCUUCCAACCUGAACCUAUAGUGAGUAGUGAUCCUUACAAAAGCUUAAGUAUAAGGCCAUCAACCUUUGAAGAUUUGAAUUCAAGAAGAUCGUACUUCCACAGCCAGUCCAACCAGAUACCCUCGAAACCAAUCAGAAAUGUCAGUUUUCAGGAUGAAGAAGAAAUUGUUCGAAUAAAUCCUCGCGAUAUCUUAAUACGCCGCUAUGCAGACUAUAGGCACCCGGACAUGUGGAAAAAUGACUUGGAUAGGGAUGAAGCAGACUCCUCUUUGCAGUGUCCUAAAACAGACCAUAAAAAAUCAGACUAUCUCUACCCCUCUGGGGAUGGAACUAAGUUGAAUUCAUUGAAAGAUUCAAAGAGUUCUGUGGUACUUAAAACACAACCUUCCUCUUUCAAACUGAAAAAAUCGAAGAGAAGGAAAGAGGAUGGUGAGCGGUCUCGCUGUGUCUACUGCCAGGAAAGGUUUAAUCAUGAAGAGAACAGCCGGGGCAAAUGCCAGGAUGCUCCAGACCCAAUUAAGAGAUGCAUAUACCAAGUUAGCUGCAUGCUUUGUGCUGAGAGCAUGCUCUAUCACUGCAUGUCAGACUCUGAGGGGGAUUUCUCUGACCCCUGUUCCUGCGACACUACCGAUGACAAGUUCUGCUUACGAUGGCUGGCUCUUGUUACUUUGUCCUUCAUUGCACCAUGUAUGUGCUGCUACCUGCCCUUGAGAGCAUGCCACCACUGUGGUGAGGUCUGUGGAUGUUGUGGAGGAAAACAUAAAGCUGCAGGAUGAAUCCAAUCUGAUGCCAAAUUGGGGCUGAUAAGUCUUUUCAGGGAGAAUAUCUAACCUGCGGAAGUGUUUGGCAAGCAGAAGGGAAGCCUAUCAUGUACGAAAGGCCAAUUGUGGAAGAAGCAUUAGAACUUGUUGCAUUUUAUGAAUGCUCACCAUGCGUGAUGAUCUGCUUUAAGUCCAUGGUGUAAGUUGUGGAUAAGUUCCAGCGAAAGAAAAGUCUUUACUUAUGAUUGGCAGUUGAAAUACCGUAUAAACAGCAGUCCAUAUUAUAAGGGAUCAACUUCAGCAAUUUGUACAUUUUGUGGUUUAGGUGAUGGGAGCUCUUUGAAAUAAUCUAUUUGACAGAAAAUGGAACUAAACCUGCACUAGCGAGAGCUGAUUGAAACUAAAGAAAGUUAAUAAAUUGGCAACUCUUCAGAAAUUAUAUUGAUUUUAAGUGCAACUAAACUGCUUAUAAAUAGUUUUUGGAAGCAACUUUAUGUACAAAUAACAAAGAUUUAUAUUUAACUAAAUAUAUGGUACGAAUUAUUAAAUCUUCCUUCCCCUUUCCAAUUGCAAAGCAGUUAUGGACCAUAUUUGCAGUCACAUUCCAUAAUAGUAUUUCUCAAUAUUUAACUAGUUAACUUAGUAGCAUUUCUAUUAAAGAUGGAGAAAUCAGUAUUUUCAGUCUUGUUUCACUUCAAUUAAAUUUUUAUAUUGCGUUCCCUCUGUACAUUCUUGUAAUCUAAACACCCUUAAAAUAUUAAUUAUUGUAGCCUUGAAUGACCAAUGUUUUGUUAAGCACAGGUAUAAUUGUCGAAUGCUCUUACAAAAAUAUCUAUCUCUCUCUCCCACACACACACACACAUAUAUGAGAGACUCUGGUUUCAGUGUAAUGGCAAGGGUUGUUGUUUAUUUCCCUCUCUCUCAACCAGCAGUUUUUCUUCUCAAGUUUCCUUCAAAUGUUGUUGUCAAAUGUUUGGGAAAGGAAAAUUACCAGAUGGUAAUUGUCAUAAGAUACAUAUUUAUCCUUCUGUUCAGCUUGAUAUCAGGUGUUGUUAAUUGAGGGAACAAAAAAUGUUUCAUUAUUUUAUUUGGCUUAGCAAAAAUUAAAAACAUUCUGUAUGACAAACUGUAGCCCAAUUUCAGGGAGAAAAAUAGGCAGAAUUCUUGUGAAUGAAAGUGAGUUUUGUUGUAUAUUAAUGAUGAAUGUUUAACUUAACAUUUGGCUGUGUGUUCUAAAUAUGAAGUACAACUUUUGAGGAAUUCCUAUGUGUCAUACAUCACAUGGUAUAACAACAUAACUGAACAUACAGGUUUAUUAAUAAAAUUAUCUAAAGCUGUGGAGAAGUCAUUUAUUCAAGAAGGUUAAUGGGUGGAGGCUGAAAGAUUAAAAUGUCUUUACUAUGUAUUUUCCAUUAACAUAAUCUCACAUUUUUCUUUUUAAUUUCUACACAUUUUUCUCAGCAAACUAUGUGCAUUAGUUUAUUUUCUCCUAAACAUCAUAUUCAGUCACAGGAAUCCCUCACCACCACCCUUUUCCAGAGCCCAGGUAUCAAACUGAAAAACUGUAUAUAACACUAUCUGUAAAAUACUUUUAUAAAGAAAGCAUUUAUAUUUAUAUGACAGCUUGAACUGACAACCUUGUGUACAUAGAUCAUCUUGAAGUAUUAUUUCACAUUGAAAAGAAGACAAAUAUAUUGAUAACUAUAGAAGUUAACAGCUUCUUUCUAGUUUUGUACUUAAAAAACUCAAAUGGAUAAACUAAGUCAGCAAAUAGAACACUGUAGCAGCAGUCUUUAAGUCCUUUUUAUUCUUCAUAUAUUUGAAGGCUGCUACUUGAUAUGGCUUUCAUGCUUCACAUAUUCAGCUAAACUUGGUUGCUUAGAAAGACUGUUAACAUUUACCCCAAAAAGCAAAAGGGGAGAAGUAAUGUGUAUUUCAUUGGUGACCUGAGGAUUGCAUCUUGUAAAUAGCGUUUUUUAAAAAAAAAUCUACUUUUCAUUUUAAAAAAAGGAGCAUGGUAUCAACAACCCAGGAAAAGAACUUGCUGGCUUUGGAUAUAUGUGUGUAUGUGUGUUGUAUGUACACACAUAUAUAUGUGCACAUUGGGAAAAGGCAAGCCUAACCAAUUCUUAUGAGCAUUAGUCAGUGUGGUGCAACUCCUGGUACCUGUAAUGUAUUUCAUAUGAAGUAAUACAUGCUUUAAUAUUUUUCCUCAAUAUGUACAUUGCUAUUUUCAGUGUAUUUAACCACUUUGCUGCUAAAGUUUUACUGUCCUUAGUCUUGAAUAAAUAUUAUUCUUAUUUCAUUUUAUUUUUAAAUACAGAUUAAUAAGGAUAUUAGGAUAUAAUUGGGCAAGAUUUCCACUGAACUAAUUUGAAAUAAUCUAACUGGUUCAAUAACUUGAUUGUGUAUAUUGUGUGAUGUCGGCCAUAUAUCUGCAUGUAUGUGCUGGUUUUGACUUUUUGCUUUAUAUGGGGAAAUUCUUAACUAAUGGUGGCCAACUCACAAAUCUGAUGAACAUACCAAAUUGCCUUGUUAUAGGGUAACACCAGUCGUCCUUCCACGUUAGUACUUUCUGUGCAAGACAAGCAAUGGUAUCCUGAGAUUCCAGGCUUGCUACCAGAGCUUUUAUGGUAUAGGUUGAGUCUCCCUUAUCCAAAAUGCUUGGGACCAUAGGUGUUUUGUUUUCAUUUUGUUUUUGUUUUUUAUUUUGGAAUACCUUUAUUUGCAUAUACUUACAUAAUGAGAAAUCUUGGAACUGGGACCCAACUCUAAACAAGAAAUUCCUUUAUGUUUCAUUUACACCUCACACACAUAGCCUGUAGCAGGGACAGAGCCAGGAUUUUGGGAAGGGGGCAGCACACACCAUUCAUUGUAUCUAACGGAAGGGGGGUCCGGACACACCCCC